AUGUUGGCUUUUCAGAGGGCAGCUACGUUACCGGUCGUGCAACCUAUAAAGGCUCAUAUUCGACUCUACAGUUUGGCUUCUGAUGCCGUAAAGAAUUCCAGAACUCGGCCUGAAGGGCGAUUAGCUCGUAUUUUCAAAGAUUCCCCAGACAAAAAAUGGAAAGAAUUGACCAUUCCUCAAAAAAUGUAUCGUGCAUCUUCAACGGCCGGAAAUGCAGCCAUUUUUGCAUUGGGUGCAUCUGUCUUCGGUCUUAUUGCAUAUUCACUUGUCACUAGUAUGACUGGAGGAGAAGCGUACUUCGGCGAUGAUGCAUUUGAGAAAGUUAGAAAGCAUCCCGAAUGUGAGUAUGCCAUAGGUGAGUCGAUGAAAGCAAUUGGUGAGGGUACUCAUCCUCUUCGUCGCUCUCACGGCGUUUUAAGUACGCGAGUGUAUGAUCCUUCCGGUAGAGAAUUCAUGUUGCUGCAGUUUCAUGUAAUCGGCAACAAGUCGAAGGGACAUGUCUUCGGCCGCCUGGUCAAAAAGGGAAAGAAAUUUGAAUGGGAUUAUUUGUAUGUUGAUGUUUCUAACUACGGUAACAUUAUUCUUUUCGACAACAGCAAUUCUCUUCGUCAGCUUCGUAAGAAGGUUGGCUUGUGGGGAUCUUUCAAAAACAUUUCUUGGGGCAGUUGA